AUGGGUUCUUCAGACGAUGGUUAUGAUGACCCAUUUGCUGGAAUUUACGAGCCAUUUUCUGGGUUAAAUGAGAUGGAUUUCGAGCUGCACGGGAUUUACAUGGAUCAUGAACAAGAGCAAGAGUUUGUAUCAAGGCUUGAUAAAUGUAAGGAUCUAUUUCUUAACAUUCUACUUAAUAACGAGAACAUUAGAAAUUCAGGUAUGACCGAUGAAGUAAAAGCUCGAGAGUAUCAUGGUAAUGAUUUACAAAAAGAGAUGGGGAGCAAAGGAAGUAGUGACGAACAACUACACAAUACAUCAUCCAAACAUUAG